AUGCUCCCUCUUGAUAUCCAGGUACAAGAGAAGAAGGUCAACAGUUCUUCAGCAUUGAGACUGAAGAGCUGGGAACCUCAGGUGACAGGCAUGUAUCUCGAUGGUAGAUCAUUGUCAGCCACUUUGAGGGCAUAUGAAUAUGGGGAGGGUAUGAUAAAUAAGGCUUUGAUGUCGAGUACUGGCGAAGGGAAAAUCAUGUAUUGUGAGAUUAAAGAUGCGCGGAUAAGGAUGGGCGGCGCAACCGCCAGCAUCCAUGGCACCACAGUAUCGACUUUGAUGGAGAACGUCCUGACCAUUUAUAUGCAGACAGAACCUUGA